CCGGGUCCGCGAUUGACGUCAAGUGUUGUAACCAUGAAGUCACUGGUUUGGUUGGCGAUUGCCGCGGUCGCCAUCGGGACCGUCGCUGCGGAGCGUGACGAGACGUUGCAGCUGUUCACGCAGCUCAAGCGCACCAAGAAGGGCCGCCGGUCGGGCAAUGAGGAGUUCGUGACGGUCGUGCAGUCGGAGCUGCUGCUCGCAGAGGAGGAGUUCGUGCGUUCAUCGAUCAGCAGUGAGUCAUCCGUGGUGGAGCAGCUGUCCAGCACCGACGUGCUGGCCAGUGGUCCACAGUGUGUGGCGUUCAUCAAGCAGAAGGCCGAAAUCAUGAUGAACCUGGGCGGCAUCUCGUACACCUCCUGCCUGAACCGUGUUGAUGAUAAGCUGUUCGAGGAGCUGUCCGAAGCGACGGAGGGAGCUAUCUCGCGAGAGGACUACGAUCGUGCAAACGUGCUGAAUGCGUUCCGGGGUGAGAACAUCUUCGUGGAUCCGGCGCGUAUCCGCAGCAAGCUGCAGCAGCGUAUGCAGGGCACGCUUCAGCUUCCGGUCAACCUGAGCAGCGAUAAAAUUGCCGAGAUCAAGCAAGAGAUGACCCAGGUGAAGGCGGACUUUGUCGAGUGCAUGCAGAAGGCUCUCGGCGAUCUGCAACGCACGUUGAAGGCUACCGAGCAGCAACUGCAGAUCGUCUGUGCUGGCAAGCAGGGCUAAAGGGUCGUAAAGCGGCUUGCCUGACGGGAUGGAUGCACCACGGAAAUUGCGUUGAAUCGAAUCUAAUAUACUUUCAUCUUUGAUAAGCAUUUUUUAAACGUAUUUAUUUAUGUUGUGAAGUUGUUGUAAGCGUGAUACCUACGCCCUACAUUGAUAGGACUGGACACAAACAUUCGGAACAAUAAAUUGCUGAAUUUCUAUUUUGUGACUAUUAGA